AUGCAGCAGGCUCACGCGGACUCGGUGGAGACCACAACUCCUAGAACACUCCGCGUGUUCGCUCGGUCUAAGACGGCUGCUAGGCGCCAGUACGCAUGCGCAGUAGACUCUAACUCCCAGAAUGCCCCGCGAACGGCUGUGCUGGGGAACUACAACUCCCAGAGUGCUCCGCGACCGACCGCCGCCGCCACCGCCGCCGCCGAGACCAAGAUGGCUGGGAGACUCGCCGCCUUCCUCAAAGAUGCCUGGGCCAAGGAGCCGGUGCUGGUCGUGUCCUUCGCCAUCGCGGGCCUCGCUGUCAUACUGCCCCCCCUGAGCCCCUACACCAAGUACGCUGCCAUGAUCAACCAGGUGACACCCUACAACUACCCAGUGCCCGUCCGAGACAAUGGGAACAUGCCAGAUGUGCCCAGCCAUCCCCAGGACCCCCAGGGUCGGAGCCUGGAGUGGCUGAAGAAUCUGUGAGCGCCUUGCCUCCAUGACACACAAAAGGCGUCUGUGCCAGGAACCCCAAUAAAAAUGUGCAAUAG